UAUUUAUUUUUAUUCAACCGUUAAUUUACUACGUUAUUGGACAGUGUUAUUGUAAUAAAAAUAUAAACGUCAAUUUUAAUGGAGACGUAUCUUGACAAUUGAAAAGGGCUUUUAAGCGAGAAGCCGAAAGCGGAAGUGGAGUCUCCGUCUUCAUCAACCGUUUCGUGCAAACACACAGCAGCUCAAAGCAGUUUGUGUGUGAUGGAGAUCUUGCGUCCGGCUCUCGUUAACAUCAAUGGAAGAAUCUACAGAAAGAAUCAAGUCCAGGAGGAGAGUUAUGAAGAAGAAGAGGAGGAGGAGGAUUAUCCGUGUUCAGCCGCAGCGGCCGAGCCGUGUCUAGACGAACCGUGUGAUGCGUACGACAUCGAGCAGACGGACAGAGGCUUCCGCUGCGCCAUAGACGUGCCCAGCGUCCUUUACAAGUAUAUAAUCGGGAAGAAGGGAGAGACUCGUAAGCGGCUGGAAACAGAGACGAAAACUUCCAUCAGCAUCCCGAAACAAGGCGUGGAAGGACAGAUCGUGAUCACAGGUGCACACCGAGCAGCCGUCACCUCAGCUGUAACCCGCGUUGAGGUUUUGAUCGACAGCUUUCGGAGGAAGCAGCCGUUCACACACUUCCUGUCGUUUGCACUGAAUCAUCCUCAGGUGCAGCAGGGCUUCCUGCGGUUUCGAGAGCAGGUGCUCGAGCGAUGUGGACAGGACGCAGGGGUGGAUGAGAGCAUCUUCCAGAACCCAGCCAAGCUCCACCUGACCAUCGGCACGCUGGCCCUGCUGAACGAACAGGAAGUGACACGUGCGAGCGAGCUCCUGCAGCAGUGCCAGGAUGUCAUCAGAGACAUAACUGAAGCCAAACCACUUCCUGUGGAGGUCCGAGGAAUUGAGUAUAUGAAUGAUGACCCCUCGAUGGUGGACGUUCUGUAUGCCAAAGUCAGGGUUCAAGACGGAUCUGACAAGCUCCAGCAGAUCGCUGACAGGCUCGUGGAGUGUUUCUCAGCUGCUGGUCUGAUGGAGAGAGAGCGGGAGCGAGUGAAGAUUCAUGGCACCAUCAUGAACACAUUGUUCCGGAAAGAUCCGUCAGCGGAGGACCGAGGAGCUUCGGCGAGACCCAGCGCUAAAGAGCGAGAAGCUUUUAAUGCCAAAAACAUCUUACAGAUGUUCGGGGAGGUUUAUUUCGGCGCGUUUGAGCUGAACUCGGUGCAGAUCUCUCAGAGAUUCUCCACGGACAGCACGGGAUACUAUUCCUCAGCGGGAUGCGUCACAUUCUCAUGACGGGACACUAAAACACCGCUCUGGACGUUGCUGAUGAAUGCAUCCAAACUCACUGUUAAGAAACUGGAUUGAGCAAUAAAAAUCUGUCAUGCAUUGUAAAUAUUAAUAUAAAAACCAUAAAGAGCAUUUUAAUGGAAAA